UUGGCAGUUUGGUUUAUUGUUUGUUGCCGUUCUGAAACUUAGCCAUCAACCAAUAACAAUCCUUCGUCACAAUUGCACAGCGAUAACCAUCGGGAAAGAGACCUCUGGUUGGAUAUAUUAUAGCAGAGUCCGCGGGAGAAGGUGGCCGGUUGUGUAGCAUAGAUCUGAAGAGAGAAGCGAUUGUGCGGUUGAUGGACAAUGGAGUACAUAGACAACUUGCCGCCGAUGGAUCUGAUGCGGUCGGAGAAGAUGAAUUUUGUCCAGCUCAUCAUCCCGGUCGAGUCCGCUCACCGUGCCGUCACUUACCUCGGCCAACUCGGCCUUCUUCAAUUCCGCGACUUAAAUGCUGAAAAGAGUCCGUUCCAACGAACAUUUGUUAACCAGGUUAAAAGAUGUGCAGAGAUGUCGAGAAAACUGCGAUUUUUCAAAGAUCAGAUACACAAAGCUGGUUUACCACUUUCUCCUUCUCCUACUUCACAACCUGAUAUUGAGUUAGAAGAAUUGGAGGUACAACUUGCAGAACAUGAGCAUGAGCUAAUUGAAAUGAAUGCUAAUAGUGAGAAAUUGCAGACAUCAUAUAAUGAGCUGUUGGAAUUCAAGAUGGUACUGCAGAAGGCUGGUGAGUUUCUUGUUUCAAGUCAGAGUAAUACAUCAGCUCAGGAAACAGAACUAGAUGAAAAUGUGCACUCCCAUGAUGAAUAUGCUGAUUCAGCAUCAUUAAUGGAGCAGGAGAUGCGGUCUGAUCUACCAAAUCAAUUUCAUGUAAGAUUUAUUAGUGGUGUAAUCUGCAAGUCCAAAGUUCUUACAUUUGAAAGGAUGUUGUUUCGUGCUACAAGGGGCAACAUGCUUUUCAAUCAGGCACCUGCUGAAUAUGAAAUCAUGGACCCUGCUUCAAAUGAAAUGGUUGAGAAGGUAGUAUUUAUAGUAUUCUUCUCGGGUGAGCAGGCAAGGACCAAAAUAUUGAAAAUUUGUGAGGCAUUUGGUGCAAGUUGUUAUCCUGUUCCAGAAGAUAUCAUCAAACGGAGGCAAAUAAUUCAAGAAGUUUUGUCUCGUCUAUCUGAUUUAGAAACCACAUUGGAUGCUGGAUUACGUCAUCGAGAUAAGGCAUUGACCUCUAUUGGGUGUGAGCUCACUAAAUGGAUGAACACGGUUAGAAAGGAGAAGGCUGUCUAUGACACCUUAAAUAUGCUGAAUUUUGAUGUGACAAAAAAGUGUCUUCUUGGUGAGGGCUGGUGUCCCAUAUUUGCAAAGACAAAGAUUCAAGAGGCUUUACAACGUGCAACAUUUGAUAGCAAUUCACAAGUGGGGAUAAUAUUUCAUGUAAUGGAUGCAUUUGAGUCACCUCCAACAUAUUUCAGAACCAACCGUUUUACAAGUGCUUUCCAAGAAAUUGUAGAUGCAUAUGGUGUUGCAAAAUAUGAGGAGGCAAAUCCUGCAGUUUAUACAGUCAUUACAUUUCCUUUCUUGUUUGCUGUGAUGUUUGGGGACUGGGGUCAUGGAACUUGUUUGCUAUUGGCUGCAUUGUUUCUUAUAGCUCGAGAAAAGAAGUUUGGUUCUCAGAAACUAGGGAGCUUUAUGGAGAUGCUAUUCGGUGGCCGAUAUGUUCUCCUCUUAAUGUCCAUAUUUUCAAUUUACUGUGGGUUGAUAUACAAUGAAUUCUUCUCUGUUCCUUUUCACAUAUUUGGUAACUCUGCAUAUAAAUGUCGAGAUGCUGCUUGCAGAGAUGCUAGCACAGUUGGUUUAAUCAAAUAUAGAGACCCAUAUCCAUUUGGUGUAGAUCCAAGUUGGCGAGGUAGCCGUUCAGAGUUGCCUUUCUUGAACUCCCUUAAGAUGAAGAUGUCAAUUUUGUUGGGUGUGGCACAAAUGAACCUGGGAAUUAUACUAAGUUACUUCAAUGCACAUUACUUCAGCAACUCGAUUGAUGUUAAGUAUCAAUUUGUGCCUCAGAUGAUUUUUCUCAACAGCCUUUUUGGAUAUCUUUCACUUCUCAUUAUUAUCAAAUGGUGCACUGGUUCUCAAGCAGAUCUUUACCAUGUAAUGAUUUACAUGUUCCUAAGUCCUUUUGAGGAUCUCCGUGAUAACAAAUUAUUUUGGGGACAGAGUGUUCUUCAGGUCUUACUGUUGCUUUUAGCCCUUGUUGCUGUUCCAUGGAUGCUCUUCCCAAAACCUUUUAUUUUGAAGAGACUCCACACUGAGAGAUUUCAAGGUCAAUCAUAUGGAAUUCUUGGAACCUCUGAGAUGAUGGAUAUGGAGGAACCUGGAUCAGCAAGGCCACACCAUGAGGACUUCAAUUUUAGUGAGGUUUUUGUUCAUCAAAUGAUACACUCUAUUGAGUUCGUUCUUGGUGCAGUGUCUAAUACAGCAUCAUAUCUACGGCUAUGGGCUUUGAGUUUGGCCCACUCAGAACUGUCUACCGUCUUCUAUGAGAAAGUUCUCCUCCUCGCUUGGGGAUAUGAUAACGUGUUCAUACGACUGGUGGGGCUGGCAGUUUUUGCGUUUGCAACAGCAUUUAUACUACUCAUGAUGGAGACACUCAGUGCUUUUCUCCAUGCAUUGCGUCUUCAUUGGGUGGAAUUUCAGAACAAGUUUUACCAUGGCGAUGGCUAUAAGUUCAAGCCGUUCUCCUUCGCGUUGUUAGCGGAUGACGACGACUAGUAGAUAUGUCUUACCAUUCUUUUUGGAAUUGUUGGGUGAAGAUACUAAUGGCCAAUGGGAAGAGCAAUAGUAAAAGACUACCUACCAUCUGGGAGAAGAGGACUUCUUACAGACAGGACCCAGUUUUUGCUGACUACAAUUUUCCACUUUCUUCUUACCAUAAAAAUUCUUAUACGGCUCCCCUCAUCAUGUCAAUAGCUAGUUGUUAACAAAUAGAUUUUUGUACAUCUUUCUUUCCCAUAUUUAGUUUGUAAAAAGGGAAUUCUUUAUACCAUACAUCCUCACGGAGUCGCGGAUUCUAAUCUUUUUUACAAAUCUCUGAUUCACGAGCAGUACGAGUCCCCAAGUUCUACUUUUGUAGGUCGGAUUUUUCUUUUUAUAACAGUAAAGCAAUGCCUUGAACAGUUCAUUUCC